ACUUCAAUCCAGGAGUGAAACCCUGCUGGAGAUCGAGCCGAGCAGAAUGAAGCUGUUCUGGGGACAAACCCUGAUCCAGAUCCUGAUCGUGACGCUGGUCUGCGGGUCAGUGUGUGCUGGACGGCCCUCAGUGUUCUUGAGUCGUGCAGAGGCGAACCGGCCGCUGCAUCCGCGUGUGCGCAGGGCGAACUCUUUCCUGGAGGAGCUGAAGCUGGGAGAUCUGGAGCGCGAGUGUCUGGAGGAGAUCUGCUCAUAUGAGGAGGCCAGAGAGAUCUUCACCGUCCCCGACCAGCUGGAGGACUUCUGGAAGAGGUACACAGAGGUGGAUCACUGUCAGUCCGAGCCGUGUCAGAACGGCGCCACGUGUGUGGACCAGAUCAACACAUACAUCUGCAUCUGUCCAGUCAACCUCGAAGGGCGACACUGCGACAAAGAAAUCUCCCCGCGCUCUUCAUUCGGAUGUCUGUACAGGAAUGGUGGCUGCGAGCACUUCUGUGUGGAAACCAGCGAGACCACUCACAGCUGCGACUGUGCGCCCGGAUACACACUACACAGCGACAACAGCAGCUGCGUGCCCACGGCUGAUUUCUCGUGUGGCCGGCCGGUGGCGAAGGGUGUGGGUCCGAGGAUAGUGAAGGGGGACGUGUGUCCCAAAGGCCAGUGCCCAUGGCAGGCUCUACUGGAGUAUGACGGACAGUAUAAAUGCGGCGGUGUGAUCCUGAACUCGCAGUGGAUCAUCACCGCCGCUCACUGCAUCUGGAGGAAAGAUCCAGCGCUCUUACAAGUCAUAGUUGGUGAGCACAUCCGCGAUAGAGACGAAGGCACGGAGCAGAUGAGGAAGGUGUCAGAAGUCUUCCUCCACCCUCAGUAUAAUCACUCCAGCACAGACAGCGAUGUGGCUCUGCUGCGUCUGCACCGGCCCGUGACUCUCGGACCCUACGCCCUGCCCGUCUGCCUGCCUCCGCCCAACGGCACCUUCAGCCGCACACUGGCCUCCAUCCGCAUGUCUACGGUGAGCGGCUGGGGCCGGCUGGCGCAGUCUGGACCUCCGUCUACUGUGCUGCAGCGGCUGCAGGUGCCGCGGGUCUCCUCUGAGGACUGCAGGGCUCGAUCCGGCCUGACCGUCAGCAGGAACAUGCUGUGCGCCGGCUUUGCCGAGGGAGGGCGCGACUCCUGCCAGGGCGACAGUGGUGGUCCGCUGGUCACGCGCUACAGAAACACCUGGUUUCUGACCGGCAUCGUCAGCUGGGGGAAAGGCUGCGCUCGCGCAGACGUCUACGGCAUUUACACACGUGUGUCUGUGUUCGUGGAGUGGAUCUUGAAGACUGUGGCCAGCGCAUGAACAUAACCACGAUCACGCUUACUGCUCAGAGUGAUCUGUACAGCGCUCUCACUAUAAUUACUGCUCCACAGAUGAAGAUGCUCAUUAUCAUGCUACAGUACGAUCGCCACCAUAUCACAAUACUCUUCCUAUUUCUAUAUGUAUAAAAUAUGCAUCAUAUGCAGUAAUUCCUGUUAUAAAUGAUGUAUCUGUACACUUACAUUAAUUUGCCCUCAUAAACUCUGAUCAAAGUUUUGAACACAUUAAAUUCCUUAAGGGCUAUCAGUCAUUUAGGGCGGGUCUAUUAAUUGUUUAGGGAGGGGCUAUCAGUCCUUUAGGGCGGGGCUUUUAGUUCUUUGGAGAGAGGCUUUUAGUGAUAAAAAGUGGGAUACCAGUCCUUUUGGGAGGGGCUAUCAGUUUAAGGCGGGGCUAUUAGUCCUUUGGGGAGGGGCUUUCAGUGAUUUAGGGCAGGAAUAUCUGCUUUAGGGCGGGGCUUUCAGUACUUUGGGGAGGGGCUAUCAGUGCUUCAGGGCAGGGCUAUUAGUCCUUUAGGGAGUGGCUUUCAGUGAUUUAAGGCGGGAAUAUCAGUGCGUUAGGGCGGAGCUAUUAGUCCUUUGAGGAAGGGCUAUCAGUGCUUUAGGGCGGGGCUAUUAGUCCUUUGCUGAGUGGCUUUCAGUGAUUUAGGGUGGGGUUAUUAGUCCUUUGGGGAGUGGCUUUCAGUGCUUUAGGGCGGAGCUAUCACUUCCGUUGUUAGCAACUGCCAUCUUUCAACAAUCCAAUCAGUUCUCAAAGAACAAAAUCGUGCACUUCCUUACAGACAAUCUUGACUUCUGUCUCUUUAACUUGCAAUCACGUAGUAUAUAGUGUCCAUCCCAAAUGAUGAUGUCUGUGUAUAAUAAAUGUUCACUGAAGUGUACUUGUAUGAAAAUUGUGUUGUCCUCGUAGGGUGGGCAUCAUCUCUUCACAGGUCUUGGAUCUGAUCGUGUGGCACUGCACAAUCUCUAAUUCACUAAUAACAGUAAAUUGUUUUUGCAACACACAGUGAAGAACUACCCUGGAAAGAUGUGACUGUUCUAUCUGAUCAUAUUAAAUAUGGAUGUGUUCAUUGAUGAUGCAAUGUUCAAAUAUUAGAAAAUAGAGCACACCUGAGCAGACUGGCUGUAUCAGCACCUCAGGUGUGUGUCUUAUUCUAAUAAUUCAGGCCAUUAUUCUGCUUAUGCCACUGUUGAGUUUGAGUUUUUGCUCCUGUGUGCAGCACUAGUCUCCUCCUCCUGUUGUGGUGUGGUUUCUGACUGCUGUAGCUGUGAAAUAACUCUAAUCAUUCAGCGGAGUGAUAUGGAGCUGUAACACGCUCUAAACCUGCCGGAACUACUUUAUCUGACAAUAACCAAACACCUGAGAGUGACCAAUGGCCAAUCAGAAUGCAGAACUCAGCAUUUGUAGGCGGAUCCUUAUAAUAUGCAAAUAUUAUGAAAUGAAUCCUUGAUUGACAAUCAGAUUUCUGUGCACUACAGCAAUAAAACUAAAGUGACAGACACCAA